GGCUGAGCUCGCCCCUGCCGCCGCUCCAGAGCGGAGCAGCAGGCGGCGGGACCCGCGACCGAGCGCGGCGACGGCGAGCGCGACGUGGGCCCCGCACGAUCCGCGGGCGCUCCGCCUUCAGAGCAGCCCCCGCCGCCAGCCACCGCCCCCCGGCCGCCCCGGAGCCCCAGAGACGCGCAGCGGCGAGAGGACCCGGGCCGCGGGGAGCCGGGUCCCCGCACCCGAACGGAGAAACGGGCUGCUCGGCUCCAUCGCGGGGCCUGGGGCGGGGGGGGCACAGACCUGCGGAGCCUGCGGCCGGCGGAAGUCUUCUGGAUCCAAAUCUAAAAGAGGUCCCUUCAAACAGCAAGGAACACUUCUGGGCUCUCUUCAAGUGCUUCCACCAUUUUUAAAAAGAAUAUAUUGGUUCUUGGGUGGCUCUAGGAGGAGGAGGGAGAGUAAAUGAAGAGAAAGAAUUGAAAGAGCUCCUUUCAGAAGAAAAGGGAAGCAAGCUUGGCUGCAGACCCCAGUCUUAAAAAGCAGUGGCCCUGCCUGGGAGCAGGGUGGUGGCCAGGGCAAUGGUGGGAGCCCCGAAGAUGCCCCAUGGCUGCUGAGGGGGCUGCCCGGUCAGGGAGCAGAGUGGCGGGCAUGGUGUGCAGUCUCUGGGUCCUGGUGCUGGGGUCCUCAGUUCUGGCUCUGGAAGAGGUUCUGCUGGACACCACUGGAGAGACAUCUGAGAUUGGCUGGCUCACCUACCCGCCAGGUGGGUGGGAUGAAGUGAGCGUUCUAGACGACCAGCGACGCCUGACUCGGACCUUCGAGGCAUGUCACGUGGCAGGGGCUCCUCCGGGCACUGGGCAAGACAACUGGUUGCAGACACACUUCGUGGAGCGGCGCGGAGCGCAGAGGGCACACAUCCGACUGCACUUCUCCGUGCGCGCAUGUGCCAGCCUGGGCGUGGCCGGGGGCACCUGCCGAGAGACCUUCACCCUUUACUACCGCCAGGCCGAGGAGCCCGAUGGGCCCGACAGCGUCUCCGCCUGGCACCUCAAACGCUGGACCAAGGUGGACACCAUCGCCGCGGACGAGAGCUUCCCCGCCUCCUCGGCGUGGUCGGUAGCGCACGGGGCCGGGCAGCGCGCCGGGCUGCAGCUCAACGUCAAAGAGAGGAGCUUCGGCCCCCUCACCCAGCGAGGCUUCUACGUGGCCUUCCAGGACACGGGGGCCUGCCUGGCCCUCGUGGCGGUCAAGCUCUUCGCCUACACCUGCCCCUCCGUCCUCCGCGCCUUCGCCUCCUUCCCUGAGACGCAGGCCAGUGGGGCCGGGGGCGCCUCCCUGGUGGCAGCCGUGGGCACCUGUGUGGCUCACGCGGAGCCAGAAGAGGAUGGAGGCGGGGGCCAGGCGGGGGGUAGCCCUCCGAGGCUGCACUGCAAUGGGGAGGGCAAGUGGAUGGUAGCGGUUGGGGGCUGCCGGUGCCAGCCGGGGCACCAGCCCGCCCGCGGAGACAAGGCCUGCCAAGCCUGCCCGGAGGGGUCCUACAAGGCCUUGGCUGGGAACACACCCUGCUUACCGUGCCCCGCCCGCAGCCACGCCCCCAGUGCUGCGGCCCCUGUUUGUCCUUGCCUUGAGGGCUUCUACAGGGCCAGUUCAGACCCCCCAGAGACCCCCUGCACCGGCCCUCCAUCGGCUCCCCGGGAGCUUUGGUUCGAGGUACAAGGCUCAGUGCUCAUGCUGCACUGGCGCCUGCCUCAGGAGCUGGGGGGACGAGGGGACCUGCUCUUCAAUGUCGUGUGCAAGGAAUGUGGAGGCCACCGGGAUCCGGGCUCGGGCACCGGGGGUGCUUGUCGCCGCUGCAGGGAUGAGGUGCACUUCGACCCCCGCCAGAGGGGCCUGACUGAGAGCCGAGUGUUAGUUGGGGGGCUCCGGGCACAUGUGCCCUACAUCUUGGAGGUGCAGGCUGUGAACGGGGUGUCAGAGCUCAGCCCCGACCCUCCCCAAGCUGCCGCCAUCAACGUCAGCACCAGCCAUGCAGUUCCCUCUGCAGUCCCUGCCUUGCACCAGGUAAGCCGGGCAUCCAACAGCAUCACGGUGUCCUGGCCACAGCCAGACCAGACCAAUGGGAACAUCCUGGACUAUCAGCUCCGCUACUAUGACCAGGCAGAAGAUGAAUCCCACUCCUUCACCCUGACCAGCGAGACCAACACGGCCACCGUGACCCAGCUGAGUCCUGGCCACAUCUACGGCUUCCAAGUGCGGGCACGGACUGCCGCAGGUCACGGCCCCUAUGGGGGCAAGGUCUAUUUCCAGACUCUGCCUCAAGGUGAGCUGUCCACCCAGCUUCCAGAGAGACUCUCCUUGGUUAUUGGGUCCAUCCUGGGGGCCUUGGCCUUCCUUCUGCUGGCGGCCAUUACCGUGCUUGCUGUUGUCUUCCAGAGGAAGCGGCGUGGGACAGGCUACACAGAGCAACUGCAGCAGUACAGCAGUCCAGGUCUUGGGGUGAAGUAUUACAUCGACCCUUCCACAUACGAGGACCCCUGCCAGGCCAUCCGAGAGUUUACCAGGGAAGUGGAUCCUGCAUAUAUCAAGAUCGAGGAGGUCAUUGGGGCAGGCUCCUUUGGAGAAGUACGCAGGGGCCGCCUGCAGCCCCGGGGACGGCGGGAGCAGGCCGUGGCCAUCCAGGCCCUGUGGGCUGGAGGUGCGGAGAGCCUACAGAUGACCUUUCUAGGCCAGGCUGCAGUGUUGGGCCAGUUCCAGCACCCCAACAUCCUGCGGCUGGAGGGCGUGGUCACCAAGAGCCGGCCCCUCAUGGUGCUGACGGAACUCAUGGAGCUGGGCCCCCUGGACAGCUUCCUCAGGCAGCGGGAGGGCCAGUUCAGCAGCCUGCAACUGGUGGCCAUGCAGCGGGGAGUGGCCGCCGCCAUGCAGUACCUGUCCAGCUUCGCCUUCGUGCACCGCGCGCUCUCUGCCCACAGCGUGCUGGUGAAUAGCCACCUGGUGUGCAAAGUGGCUCGUCUUGGCCACAGUCCUCAGGGCCCAAGUUGUAUGCUUCGCUGGGCAGCCCCAGAAGUUAUUGCACACGGAAAACAUACCACCUCCAGUGACGUCUGGAGCUUUGGGAUAGUGAUGUGGGAAGUGAUGAGCUAUGGAGAGCGGCCCUACUGGGACAUGAGUGACCAGGAGGUGCUAAAUGCAAUAGAGCAGGAGUUCCGGCUUCCCCCGCCUCCAGGCUGUCCUCCUGGACUACACCUGCUUAUGCUAGACACUUGGCAGAAGGACCGUACCCAGCGGCCUCAUUUCGACCAUCUGGUGGCUGCAUUUGACAAGAUGAUCCGAAAACCAGACACUCUGCAGGCUGAUGGGGGCCCUGGGGACAGACCCUCCCAGGCCCUUCUGAACCCUGUGGCCCUGGACUUUCCUUCUCUGGACUCACCCCAGGCCUGGCUUUCGGCCAUCGGACUGGAGUGCUACCGAGACAACUUCUCCAAGUUUGGUCUCUGCACCUUCAGUGAUGUGGCUCAGCUCAACCUGGAAGACCUGCCCGCCCUGGGCAUCACGCUGGCCGGCCACCAGAAGAAGCUGUUGCACAAUAUCCAGCUCCUGCAGCAGCACCUGAGGGAGCUAGGCUCGGUGGAGGUCUGAGGUUGGGCGGGCGGCUGCGAGGGGACGAUGCCUAUGUCCCAGCCCCAGACACAGGCCCAAGGAAUGACAAGGAACACUAGAGCCCGUCUCCAUCUUGGCCUCGGCAAGAGGCGUCUGCCACACUACACCCCACCCUCUGGACGCUUCACUCCCUAGUCCUCUGCCCUCCUCCGCCCUCCCCUGCAUUAAAGGGAAAGAAGAAAUUUUGCAA